AUGUGUAUAUGCGACGACAGAGAAGGAAAAAGGAGGGGGAAACCCUCCUCUUGUGAAAUUGAACAAAAUGGAGUGAUCCAAGGCCUAAUUUGGGUAAAUUGUGAGAGCACAAGGGUUCCUAAGCUUGUAAAUCCAUCUAGAAAUCAAGGAAUUUGGUGUCGAACUUUAGGCAACACGAGUGACAUGCCGGGGAGACAAGCGAGGAAGGACACUCAUUACAGAAAAGGGGACAACUCUAAGGUGAAUGUCAAGGUCCUCCGGAUGAAGAUCAAGCAGCGAACAAGAACCGAACACAUGUCUAAAUGAAGCUUCCGCAUUUGACCUUGUUUUGUUUAAUAAAAGUAAAUUAUGUAAACACUCAUAAC